AUGAUGGAAGCAGAUCAGCCUGGCAAACUGUUCAUAGGAGGCCUUAAUACCCAGACCACUGAAAAGGCUCUUGCAGCAGUAUUUGGGAAAUAUGGACACGUUAUGGAAGUUCUUUUGAUAAAGGAUCGGGAAACAAAUAAGUCCAGAGGCUUUGCUUUUAUUACUUUUGAGAGCCCUGCAGAUGCUAAGAAUGCUGCCAAAGAGAUGAAUGGAAAGUCUUUGGAUGGAAAAGCAAUUAAAGUUGAGCAAGCCAACAAACCAUCUUUUGAAAGUGGUGGUAGACGGAGACGGCGGCUUCAUUUGAAAAACAGAGGCCAUCCAAGAAGUCUGAAAUGUAGAAGAGCAGAAAGUGGGGGAGAAAGAAGGCGUCCUUCACGUGGAGGACACUUGGAUGAGGGUGGAUAUAGUCUUAAUCUCAACAUGAGUUCUACCAGGGGACGCUUUCCAGUUAAAAGAGGUCCAUCUUCAAGAAGUAGAAGUCCUCCUCCUCAAAGAUCUGCACCUUCUGCUCCAGGGCGAAGCAGUAGUGGGAUGGAAGGACGAGGUCCAGUAUCACGUGGGAGAGAAAACUAUGGAGGUCCUCCACGCCGAGAACCAGUCUCUUCCCGGAGAGGUGAUUAUGUGUCACCAAGAGAUGAUGGUUACACUGCUAAAGAUAGUUAUUCAAGCAGGGAUUAUCCACGUUCCCGUGACACUAAGGAUUAUACUCCACCACCUAGAGACAGUGCAUAUCGUGAUUAUGGCCGUUCGAGUUCUUGGGAGGAACAUUCCUCUAGAGGAUAUGGUGGUCGUGAUGGCUAUGGUGGUGGUCGUGAUAGAGAUUAUUCUGAACAUCCUGGUGGAGGCUCUUACAGAGAUUCAUAUGAGAGCUAUGGUAGUUCCCGUGGUGCGCCACCACCACGAGCACCCCCUCUGACCUAUGAUGGAAGCAGUCGCUAUGAUGAGUAUAGCAAUACACGAGAUGGAUAUGGUGGAGGUCGGGAAAGUUACUCAAGCAGCCGAAAUGAUAGCUAUUUAAGUGCUCGUGAGCAUGGUGGCAGACAAGAACGAGGGUUUCCACACUAUGUGUAUAGGGUGUACCCUGCUCCUCGUGAAUCGUAUAGUACCUCAAGUUGUGGAGCUUCCAGAGGAGGUAGUGGGGGAAGCCGAUCUGAAAGAGAAGGCCGAAGCAGAUACUAA